GUUUGCGACCGACCCAUCACAAUUUCCGAGCAGACUUUGAACGCAGCACCAUUAUCCACGGCAGCCGAUGCAACAGUAAGUCGUCCAUCAUCUAAUUACAGUCAAGAAGAAUAAGAAUAAAAAAGUAACAAUGAAUGUCACUCAUGAAGUAAGCUUGCUGGUGGAGGAGAUUAAGCGACUCGGCAGUAAAAAUGCUGACGGUCAAACCAGUGUGAAGUUUGGGGUCUUGUUUGAUGACGACCGUUGUGCCAACAUCUUUGAGGCGUUGGUGGGCACCCUGAGGGCAGCCAAAAGGAAAAAGGUGGUCACCUUCCAGGGCGAGUUGCUUCUACAGGGCGUCCACGAUAACGUCGAAAUUGUCCUGCUCCAAGAAUGAGGCCAGAGUUCGGACCAGAUGGGCCUCUAGCGACUGUGGGUCAUACUGAGUCCUUCCAAAAAAUACUGAGCUUCUGCAGUGUACCGGCUUGUCACUGAGCUUCUGUUUUCAGUUCUCUUCAUUCAUGUACAAGGCUCGGUAUUUGAAUUCAAACACACUGACCAAACAGAUUAGAUCAAACAGUACACUUACCAGACCCGGCAUGUCUGCAUAGGAUUUCAUUUGAUUUCACCACGUCAAACAGAAUCAUUAAAAAAAGGCAUUUGAGAACACAACACACAUUCAUAGUUUCAGAUAACAAGAGAAAGUUUUGUCUUUCUCAGGCGCUGCUGUUUUAUCAACCACGGGUCUGACAUGUCAUUUUUGAUACACUUUUAAGACUAUAAACGCACAAAUCAGGAAUGCAAUAAUUUGCGUAAAGCAUUCAUUCGGGGUUUUUUUUUGUUUUGUUUUCUGGAAAAAACGUACAGUAUGGGGUUACUAUCACAACCAAAUGCCUCUCCUGAUGGUAUCAGUGUCGGGAUAAAGGACACAGAACAAGAUACUGGCUCGAAUUUAUCAACUCUGACAAAUUUUGUCUUCACAUUUUUAAUUGGAGCACUCUGACAAAGUUUAUAAUGGAUACUUGUUUAAAGCUGCACUAGGUAAAUUCAAUGGGAGUUUAAAAUGUGUUUGAGUAUUUUAAUCUAGUGUAGCUUGAAGACAACGGGUAGUGUGUUUCCACCAACAGUGUCACCAAAUGGCAGUUCCAUUUACUGUUUACAUGAGCCAUUUAUACUACCUCUUGUGGACUUUGUAAAAAGACAUUAUCAGACCAGUGCUUUUGGAAAUCUAAGAACAAUUCCUUCAUAGAAACUACAAAUACAAGUGCAUUGAAAGAAUGACUUUUGCACCUUUUUGUACUCAUUGCAAUCUGCUAGAGUAGUUUUUAUUCCAUCUUUUUAUAAGUGGUCUACGAAUGAAUUUUCUCUGCUAAACAAACUCCCAAACUUGCCUUUUCGUAAGAAAAUAGCUGAUGAGCAAAUGGCGAAUGUAUUUCUCGUGCAAUUUUUAUUAGUGUAUAAUUACAGGGUGAUUGGUGCCAAAUGCAAAAGAUGAAUUUGUUAUGUUCCUCAGGACCAAAUCGAUACAACCAAAAUAUGUUUAAUAAUUGUCCUGUUGCUUAAAUUAGGUGUCUUACUUGUGACACAAGAUGUGCAUUUAUAGUUUUAUUAGUUAAAUGUUUUUAUUUUACCACUCUUUGCUCUGUACUGUAGGUCAGAUGAUACUUGCAGAUCAGGUGUGACCAUUUUGCUUCGUUUACCACCAUGAAAACUCAUUUGUGGGUGUUUUUGUUUUGUCUGUUUCUGAGUUCAUUUUUGCUCAGAUAUCACUGACAAGGACUUCUGGCCUGUAUGGAGGCCCAAAGUGGUCGAAAUUAAAUAAUUAAAUCAGACUUUAAAUAAAUAAUCAUAUGAACAAAUACGGACAAAAUAAGUAGUAAAACAGGAAAUUGUGAAAUAAUUGAAUAUAGUUUUGGACUCAGAUUAAUUAAGUCGGCUUCAGGUCAUUUUUUAAAUUUAAUUCCAACUGUUUUUAUUUUAAAAUGCCAUUUUCUAAGUGAUCCUUUUGUUUUAAAAUGCCAUUGUUUAUCAUAAUUUGGCAUGGUGGAUACAGCUAUUGAUUUGUUGUUCACCCAUUCAGACCAAAGCCAACAGUCAAUCACAUAACUGGCUCUGCCCUGAUUGUUUUGAUUUACAAAAACUUUGUGAUAAAACGUGGCAUUGAUUGGUCAUAGUGAGAAAUUAAAUUAUAUUAUAUAUGAGAUAAAACAGACAUUUUAAGAUAGAAACUGCAGUAAUAAAACAAAAAAAACGAAAUAAUCUGUUAUUGUGAAAAGACAGAAUCAACAUUUCACAAUCAGCAGCUGAGUUUUAAACAUUUAUUGGAUGAUUUAACAUUUACAUUUCAUAUUUUGUCUACUUUGGGUCUCCUUUGUGGGGUUAGUGGCCGCAGCUAUUUGGAUGCGAGAAGUAAGAUUUUGCCUGAAUGUAACAUCUACUUGGCAGCUCUUGUGCUCAUCUGCAUAAUAUCAAGAUUUAUAUAUCAACUGUGUGUGAGCCACGCCUCAUCUGCAAGUCUUAUAGGACCCAUUUCACAUUCACUGCUGUUGUAUCAACCUCGCUAGAUCUUUUAGGUUCAGGUGUUGACUGUUUGACUUGAAUUAUAGGAUUUUAUUUUUUAUUUUUUCCUAAACCGCAUAGGAGACCAUUCGCUUGUUUCGUGAUCUCUAAACAGCGUUGGUGACAUAUCAGGACAACCGAAAGAGCUUAAUCAUAUUCUAAUUAUGAAUAAAACUGAAAUGUAGCCUAGGAAAGAUCAGUUAUGUGACAUGUAAUCAUCAGAAUACAAACAAUAGGCUGAGUAGAAGUGAGUAAAAGUUGUGGAAAUGAUGGGAGAGUGAGGAAGAUUGAGGAAGAAACAUGCUGCUUGCAUCACUGUCAUUUUGGAUUAUCCUGCUGUUGUCGCACUGGAGUGACUUCCUCCUGAACAUAAAUGCAUAUAUAAGUCAACAUUUAGCAAGAGGAGAAGGUUGGCAAUACCUCGAGCCAUUUCUGUGAACUAGUGGGAUGCCUGCAUCAUGUGUUCGAGUGUGUCAUUACUGUCUUUUGUAUUGGCAAUAACACAUUCCUAAAGGAACAGAGGUGUCUGUUACUGUGGGAUUCAGUCUGAGAAAUAAAAUCUUUACACUUGAAGCCUUGAA